AUGGGUGUCCCGAAUCCGGUCGAUAUGAUGGAUCACAUUGAUUGCUCUGCGGUCUAUAUUGAUCCCCGCAUUCAGUCGGAACGUUGGGUAUUUCAAGGUGCAUCUGAUACACCAUCGGGGCCUUUGAUACUUGCCGAUGAGCCGGAAUCGCUCCGAUCAGAUGUCCAGGUUCUGUUUGACGUCUGCAGACGAAUCUACCUUUGCCAAGCCGGAGCUUCUCUUGUGUCAAAACUGGCAGAACUCAGUGAUACAGCUGCGAAUAGCUGCACCCCGAUUUUUGCGUUUUUCGACAUUGAUCUGAACACAGACGACCCCCCAUCGUUAUCCCGUCGCAGUACCAGUCGUGGCUCUUGGCAAGAACCGCCGUCUCCUUCACCGUUGCAUCGCGGAUUUACAUUCUUGUCUCAAAAUGACGGCUCGUCAGACUUAAGGCUACUGUCGGGUCUCUCUGCCGACAUCAAGGUUCAAGAUGCUCCUAAUCUCGUCAUACCGGUCGCAAUCUUACGUGCUCCUCCUCGCGAUUCUACUUCUGCUGCUCUCGACCAACGACAACCCCAGAAUAUUCCUCAACCUCUGCACCUUUCGAAAUGCCUGGAUGCGGGUGCUGUGGAUGUUAUACCUUCGCCUUUGGACAAGGCCAGAAUUCAGGGUUUGGUCGUCCAUGCCUAUCGCGUACGGAAAUCGGCUCUCAAGGAACAGUCACGGUUUCUCUCGCGGAGGAAGCUGCGGAAGCACUCGUGGGUGGGAGUGCAUGAUGAGCAGCCGUAUUCUUACCUAAGAGAAGCCAUGGUCUCCAAGCUUAUGAAAGGCAUCUGCAAUCCCGAGGAUGUGGUUGAUGAACUGUAUGACGGAGAAUUCUACGUCAGCGAAGAGCGCGAAGAGUUUGUUAGAGAGCGACUGGCGCGGUGGGACUUUGCUGCCCAUGAGUUUUCUGAUGACGAGCUCGUUUUUGCGGCCCAUGAGAUGCUCCAGCAUGCGUUUACGAUCCCUGAGUUGGAAGAGUGGCGGUUAACGUCAGGCGAGCUUCGAACAUUCUUAGUGGCUUGUCGCGCUUCCUACAACUCAUUCGUCCUCUACCAUAAUUUCCGACAUGCCAUCGACGUCCUUCAAUCCCUCUUCUCCUUCUUACUCCAUAUUGGCGCCCUGCCGAGAUAUCGAUCUAUCGGGCUCGAGGUUGACACGAAAUGCCCAAUCACGGCUAUGCUCAAACCGUUUGAUGCUCUUACUCUAUUAAUCGCAGCCAUUGGUCACGAUGUCGGCCACCCUGGUGUCAACAACUUCUUCCUGGUCAAGCUGAACGCGCCCCUGGCUCAGCUGUACAAUGACAACUCGGUUCUCGAAGCCUUCCACUGUGCAGCUUUUUCACAAAUACUGCGCCGCUACUGGCCCGCCGCGUUCAAAGACAAGCAGCUCCGGAAACUGCUCAUUAGCUCCAUCUUGGCAACCGACAUGGGCGUUCAUCAAAAGUUCAUGGAACGGCUCGGAUCUCUGCAGGAAAAGUACUCCGAGAACAAGCGGACGACAGAUGGCUGGAAACCUCAAGAUAUUGACCUGUACAAAACACUGGUUUGCGGUUUGCUGAUCAAGUGUGCCGAUAUCAGCAAUGUGGCGCGCCCUUGGGAGGUUGCAGAGAAGUGGACCAAGAUACUACAGGAAGAGUUUGCCAACCAAGGUGAGAUGGAAAAGGAGGUUGGAAUGGAGACUGCCCUCUUCGGUGGGCCCCCAGAGAUUGGCAACGUGUACAAGCUUGCCACCGGGCAGAUGGGCUUCAUGUCGAUUUUCGCAUUGCCCCUUUUCGAAGGUGUCUCGGAUAUUCUUCCCGGUCUACGAUUCACCGUCGAGCACAUCCGCAGCAACCAUACUAGGUGGCACUAUCUUGCAGACCUUGAGCGGAAAAAGCCCUUUCUGAUGGCCGAGGCUGGCCCUGAUGGUCUUGUUUCCCCUCGCUCCCGAAGUCCUGCUGCCAGCUUCCAGGAGCCGCAACCUACACCGCCGACCUCGACUCCUACUCCGACUCAAAACGGCCACCGCAAUACCUCCAUCAAGACUUUCCCAUCAAAGGAGCCCGCGCAACAACGAAAAGAAGACGAACCAGGUGACUACUUUUCAAGGUCGGCACGUACUUCGGUGGGCAGCGAAUACAAUGAGAACCAGAUCAGCCCGGUCGUCUCUCCAGACACACCCGGCCCAUCGAUGGACAUCACCGGGUGCUCGUUCCCGCCCGACGAGCCGUCUCGAAAGUCGUCCUGCGCUGUCCCUGAAAUCAGUUCUGUGCCCGUGCCUCCACCUUUGCCGGACAACAAUGGCUCACUUGAACUCCAUAUAAGUGGCGGCGAUCGCGCCAUUCAGUCGGAACCUACGACGAACUCGGUUGCCUAUGACGCCUCGGUAGAAGGGAGUGGUACUGAAAAGACAAACGGGCCGCGGAACAAUGGAGCGUACCGUCGCCACCAUGCCAACACUGCUUCUUCUGGAUGCACAUCCGCGCCAACUAACUCCCAGCGCAAUAGCUGUACUCGAACACACAGCAAUGCCAUGUCGCCCAUCUCACCUUCGACCAACGCGACGAGCGUCCUUUCCGCGAGCAGCGAUGAACAGGGGUACACUCGCGAAAUUCCACGGAGCGACUACGCGGAUUGGGACAACCGCAGCCCGCGAACAGGGUCGCCCAAGCAUGGCCCUGCUGGAGAUCGAGGGUCCGAGAACACACUUCAUUCCGGUGAUAGCCAUGUGUUCCAUGACGGCCCCGACAAGAACCACAUGCCCCCGACGGUGCGAAACGGAACUGGAAGCUCGACCCAGUCUAUAAACACCGGGAGCAGCAAAAACGACGGUCACAGCCCGCAUUGGGAUGACCUUUCGGGGCCUGACCAAGGCCAGCGAAAACUGCCGAAGCGCAGAAGCCGUCUCCGCCUCGCCUUUUGGAAACGCAAGAGCUAUCACAACAACCACCACGAAGUGCAUGGAGAAACGCGAUAG